AUGAUUCAUGGUCCAUGUGGUACUGACCACCGCACCGACUUCCUGUGCUGGGACUCUGCAAAGGGGCACUGCAACAAGUUCUACCCCAAGCCUGCCUGCCAAACCACCCACGUGGACGAGAGGGGGUUCGUCCAAUACAAACGAGACUACACAAACGAAGGCUUUAUCACAUCACGGAGGAGACAGAUCAAAGUGCAUGAUGGCUGGGUCGUUCCGUACAAUUCCGCAUUACUGCUCAAAUACGAGGCGCACAUAAACUUGGAGCUUGCUUCUACUCGUCGCGUAAUCAAGUACCUCUUUAAGUACCUCAUGAAAGGCGGUUCUCUCCAGAACGUAACCGUCACUCCCCUGGGGAAACAAGAGGAUGAGGUCGAGCAUUACGUGACGAAGAGAAUGGUGGGUGCCAGCGACGCAUGCUGGCGUCUUCUCGACUUUCCUGUGUCAAAGCUCGAGCCCACCGUUGAGUGUCUUCCCGUGCAUUUAGAGGGCAAACAAAGUGUUGUCUUUCGGCCAUAA